AUGCCCAAUACUUCUUGUCUUUCCACUCCCUUAAGCAAGGCACAAAUUCUUUUACCAAACAAAAUCAGAAAACGUCGGAAAACCAUAUUUCGAAAACUCGAGGAGCUACGGUUAUGCGGGGCUCGUAUAUAUAUUGUUCUUGAACAAAACAACCGAUAUUUUACGUAA